AUUUUUUUUAAAAAGUACAUAGGGUUUCUUCCAAGUGUGCUUCUCAGAACUAAUAUUAACAUUUUGCAUCGCCUUUCAUCAGAUCUAGUUGUCUCUUUUAUGUACGUAGCUAAGUAACACAAGUCACAGGGAUUGGUUCUCCAUUCGAGACUAUUUUUCCAAGUUUUGAAUUACAGGACCAACGAUGGCGUCUCAGGAGAAGAGUGAAGUGUUUCAACCACCAACUGCAGUAGACGACAAGCAAUUAGAAAGUUACUCAUACACUACUUGGGCAGGGAAGAUACAAGAACAGUACCUGAAAAUCAAAGAGAAUGCAGAAACUUACCCUUAUGUUUGGGGUUCCUAUACUGUUGUAUACGGGGGGAUUGGGCUCUGGUUUGCCUAUAGAUGGCGAAGGCUCCGCAAAACAGAGGACCGAGUCAGAGUCCUUCAAGACAGACUUCGCAAACUUGUGCAAGCUGAAGAGUCGACAAGUUCAUCUACAACAAAAGCAUCCUCAUCUUGUGAUAAAUCAACCAGAUAGUUGUGUUUCUUUUUUCAUUGAAGUUAUCGAGUCACCAAUGACUGCACUUGGUCACAAAAAUUAUCUGGCCUAAUGGAGAAAAACCCCCUUGGUUAACUACAUAAUAUACUGCAGUUUGCAUUUAUUUGACACAAUCUUUGUGAAAAUCCCCUGGUGUACAACAUAAUAGAGUGUACUGUUUUGGUAAAACUAAACUGUCUUUUGCACCAAAUAAUUAAUACUGUCGUAUAGUCUUUCAAGAAA